GCGUUCAGAAAAUGAGAUGUGACGACAAAGCUGCUGAAUCGUUGGUUUCUGAGUCGUCUUCCUCCUCCGGCUGCUUCAGGACUCGGAGCGCUGGGAGCUUCAGUUUGCUUUGAAUUUGCAGUGGUGGGUUUUAUUAUUAUUGUUCCAGUCUGAUCAUUCUGGGUCUCCAUCAUGCUCAGCCUUCGUUUUCUUGUGAUCGGAGCCCUGAUCUCUUCGGUGGUACCCAGGCUGGUCGCCAUGGAGACCUGUCCAGCAACAGGAAUGCCCGGGAUGCCAGGUAUUCCCGGGAUUCCUGGAAGAGAUGGUCGUGACGGACAGAAAGGGGAGAAAGGAGAGCCAGGUAGGUGGAGGGGUGGCAUCGGCCCUCAGAAGGGAGAGAAGGGGGAGCCUGGGUUGACGGGCUACGCCGGUAAACGAGGUCAGAGUGGAGAACCUGGACCACAAGGGCCGCCAGGAAAUCCAGGACCUCCAGGAGAACCAGGGGAGCACGGGACUGUUGGAGUCCUGCAGCAGGCGGCCUUCAGCGUGGCCCGAGGAACCCGAGACCACCCGCCAAAAGACAGCGUCAUUCGGUUCACCAACAUCAUCACCAACAUCAACGAUGACUACAACGCAACGGCAGGACACUUUAAGUGUCGGGUCCCAGGAACAUACUACUUUGUGUACCACGCCUCGUUAAAUGAACGUCUCUGUGUACUGAUGAAGAUGGACGACACACUGCUGACUUCGUUCUGCGAUCUCCGCCGCAACAGGAGACAGGUGACGGCGGGCGGUCUGGCGGUCUACCUUUCAACGGGUCAGAAGAUUUGGUUGGAGACUAAAGAUUACAAGGGGAUGACAGGAACUGAGAGCGGCUACAGCAUCUUUUCGGGCUUCCUGCUGCACCCACACUGACCCACGGGAUGAGAAACACCAAACAGUUUAACAGCACCCUUCACACGUUAAAAAAACAAAACAAAAAAAAAAAACUUCAUAUUGGUUUCGAUGUCUUCAUUUGUCCGUAACACCUUGUAAUACAGGCCCCAUAUUUUCAGUUAGUCUUGUUUAUAAGCAGGAAGUAAGUCUUGAGCUCAGGUAAUUUCACUGAGCUGGUUUUGUUAUUUCAUUUUUCAAAGCCCUUUAAUGAACAGUUCAUUUGGAAAGACCGACAGUUUACGUUAAUGAGGGUGUGUGUUAUGUAUAUCACAGGAUGGAUUUCUAAAUGUGUUCGUAAGUGACUGCUUUUGUUUAACAGGCUUAUCAAUAAUGUCCAUUAAAUGUCUGCAGUUCACAUUUAAAGAUAUUGUGUCAUUGAUUUUACCUUCUGCCACUUAAUACCCAAUAAACCAACCGAGAGCGGAGAAACAA